UUGUUAUAGUUUUCUAGGAUCAGUGUUGAAGACGAAAGUCGGAAACAAAGCUAGAGUUGAAGCUUCUAUCAGGGAAGGUUAUUUGCAAAGUGAAAUGGGCACAUUUGCAAGCUACUACUUUACAGACGAUGUACCCACAAAAGCUCAUCGUGUACCUAGAUUUGAUGACGGUGCGCUGAUCAAUGAUGAUGCCAGUGUUUCCAUUUUCGCACAAAAGGCAAAAGUAAUUGGUGCUAGCUCCCGGCGUUACAUGGACCAAAAUGAAUCUCAUGCAGUACAUUCAUAUGUAUUGCAAAAUUGUCCGGAGAUUGAACCAUUUAGAGAAGCGUUCAUCAACACGACAGGAUCAACAAGUGAUUGUGACACCAUGUUACAAAAACAUUUUCCUCUUUGGUUUUACCACCAUGUGCAAAAUGACAUGACAGACCAUCCACGGUGGGUUCGUGCUUUAUCAGGGUUUCCUUCACCCUAUGUGACAACUUACCAGACGCUUAAUAUAAAUGGUUAUAAGUUUAACACUGUUGCACGAUCUGAAGACAGAACAACCUCAAACUGUGGGGUUAUGGUGAAGUGCACAAGUUAUGAUGGAUCAACACUUGAAUACUAUGGCCUAAUACAAGAGAUAAUUCAGUUGGAAUAUCAAGAUUACAAGGUGAUCGUUUUCAAAUGUGAAUGGUUUGAACCUUCUAAUAGAGGUACACGAGUCCAUGCACAAUACAAGAUAGUUGACGUGAACAUACAAUAUCGAUUACGUACUGUAGAUUGCUACAUUUUAGCAUCCCAGGCUGAUCAAGUUGUUUACGUGUCAUAUCCAAGUGCAAAGAAAAGGGUCAACAGAUGGUUUUCUGUUAUUCAAUGCAUGCCAAGAGCUUUUGUGGAAAAAGACGGGGAAGGAGAUUCAAAUGACGAGGAGGAACCAUCACAAGAGUUUCAAGAAAAUGAACCGGGAAUAUCAUUCCAAAUUGAGUUAGAUUUUCCAGAGCUACAAAGAAAUGAUGGCCACUCAAGUCAAUUGCUCACAUCCACCACUCCCGUGUACAUGGACGAUGCAUUAGAUGGGGCAUAUGAUAAUGAGCCCGUUGAUGACAAAGACAAUCAAGAUUAUGAAGGAAAUGCUCAGGUUACAUAUGAUGAUGAUGAUGU